GAACGGUUCCGCGGCUUGGUAUAGCGCGGUCCUACUAUAUAUCCACAAGUUUAACUCGCGCCAAUUCAACAAUCUCGCCAGUUUGUUUACAGUGACGUGUGUGUAACUAAUUUCUAAACGUACCUACUCUUAUAGUGACCGUCCCAUCGCGAAUGGAUGAAACACGGUGUCAAACAUUAAACUAUCAAGUGCUGUGUAACACGAUAAAUAUGGAUUCCAACAUACACUAAGUGCAGUUAAACUGUGUCCGAAGAUGGAUGGUGGUAUUGUGAGCACCCCGCGAAACAGAUUCCAAACACAACUGAAGAAUGCUGCGAGUGCUUUGUGCUCAAGGAAGCACAGGAGAAGCGAAGACAUGUCGGCCGCGGUGUAUAGUUCCGCUCGCCCUCACACAUAUCCUCGGGCGACAUCGACCAAACGGUCCGCCUUAUCGUGCAGAAUAGAGCCCCUUGUUUGCGAACAGCAGGCCAUCGCUUUAGAGACUAGUGAACCGUUCAUGGCUGACGUCAUUCAUGUCUAUGCUACCAAAUCUAAUGGAGUCUUUAAGGGAACUUUGGCAAGAGAGGUAGCGAAUGCUUGGGAGAGAAAGGUGGGCAAGCCAGAUCAGCCGGCGCCCGCCAAUCGCGUCAAAAGCCUUUUCUACGACAUCCAGCUAUACCCGACCGAUCCCCAAGUGUUCGAAAUGCUGGUCUGCGCCAGACAGUGUGCGCGACGCAAGUCGCUCACACUUACGUUCGGCGAGUUCUGCGUGUUCGCGGCCGAGCUGCGAAGGCAUUCGAGGCAGGUCAGACAGAGUCCAAACAAACCGGAGUCACCGCAGUGGAACGUAGAGAAGGAGUUUAGGGAGAGGGAGACGAUAUGCAAACCCAAUAUCGGCAGCGAGGCGUCGUCGCUGGACUGCGAAGUGUUCCUCGGAGGGUCCUGCAACCCCACAACCUGGCGGAAAGAGAUCGCUAUACCUAAACUGAAAAAGAUGGGCAUCACGUACUUCAACCCCCAAGUGGAGAACUGGUCGACGGAGCUAAUGGAGCGCGAGCACCGCGCUAAGUCGGACGCGCGCGCGCUGCUGUUCGUGCUGGACAGCGAGACGCGCGCCAUCGCGGCCAGCGUCGAGGCGGCGCUCAUCGCCGCCACGCCCAAGCUGCUGCUACUCGUCAUGCGCCCCUACUCGCGCCACCAGAAGAUCGCCCAGGAGGCUAUCACUGAUGAAGAGUACAUUGAGCUAUCGCGAGCGCGUGCGACAUUAAAAGAAGCCGUAGAGAGGAGAGGUUUGCCCACUUUCCAUGACAUUUCGUCGGCGCUCGACAGCGCCGGCGAGGUGCUCCGAGGGCGGAACCUGACACACCCGCGCCACAACAUCGGGAACUACAUCCACCGCCUGCGGCGGCUGUACGACGCGGCGGGAGGCCGGAGCGCCAAGCUGCCGCGCCAGCGCGCCGUCGACGCGCUGCAGGAGGCGACGCGGGUGCCGCGGGACGUCGCCGAGAGGAGCCUGCCCGCUGCCGUCGACCCUGUAGACUUUGACACGUUCUGCGCGGCCGUUGCUGAAAUCGCAGCUGACUCAGGGCCCAGUCAGUCGCCGCGGGCAGAAGGGGUGGCCGCUCGUCUGCGGCGCGCCUUCCGUUCCUUCUGCGACAGGUUCUCCCCGCUGGCCGCCGAGAGUCAAAGCCGGAACGGCCGAGAGGAAGCGGGAGCGACGACGGGCGCGGAGGCGGAGCGUGGCGCGGAGAGCUCGCCGCCCGCCGGCCUGCGCGUGCACAACGCGCGCCUGCGCUCGUGCGGGCGGAAACUUCCUCUCCUUAUACCCAAGAACGGCGGGAACAGAAGUGAGCCCGAGAGCGGUGGUGACUCGGUGCUGACGCCCGGCACAGAGCGCCGGCUCGAGGCGCUCCCCGCCAUGCUGGGGGCGCCCACCUACGACGUCUACCUCGGCGGCACCUUCCCGUCCGGCACCCGUCCCGACGAGACGCUGCGCCGCGAGGGCUACACGUACAUAAUGCCGCGGCCGAACGACUACGCGCGCAUGUACUCGGCGCCGGCGCGGCGCUCGGCGCCCGCACACCCCGAGUCGCCGCGGCGCGACAAGAAGCCGCGGCCCAUGUCGCCCGACCCAUCCGAGGACGUGACGCUGCGCUCGCGCGACACGGAGUCCGUGACCGCGCCCGCCGGCGACCGCCUCAGUGCCAGCGACUUCUACAACGUCACCGAUGACGUCACGCCGCAGCCCUUCAAAGGAACGUUCGAUGAGGACCAGUUGCUGGGGUCGCGCGUGCUCGUGUUCUCGAUCAGCGCGGAGGCGCCGUGCUUCGCGACCAUGGUGCUGGCGGCGCACUACAUGGGCCUGCAGACCUCCAAGACGGUGCUCAUCGUGCAGCCCAUGGACCCUGCCGCCUCGCAUCCGUACAGCAAAGUAGCCGUGCAGGAUUACAACCGAGGGCGGACGUACUUGUCGGACCUGGCGAAGCGGGAGGGCAUCCCUGUCUUCGACAACGUGGAGGCGGCCAUGGCGUGCGUGCUCGCGCGCCUGCAGCCCGCCGCGUAGCGCGCGCCCCCCGACGACGCGGAGGCUGCUCGCGCGCGACCGCAGGUCGCACUCUCCUUCAUGGUUGGGAUCAGCUGAAGCGGAAUCAUGUCUGACAAUCCUGGACUCGUGGAAUGAGUGCAAACUAUACGGGUGAAUCGUUAAGCGUCGAUACUUACUUCAGCAGGAGAUUGUAUACGUGAAUAAGUGAAAAUACGUAGACCGUGCUUGUCUAUACGAUAUGCAGAGACUUCAGUAUACAUCACAUUUUAGUUUUAAUAAUAACCACUUAGGUUUUAAUUUUAGGAAAAAAUAGGCUGACUAAACGGAUUUUACGUGAUUACAAUCGCCUGUUGCAAUGAUACUGUAUUUGGAAUCGGUAACGACUUCUUUGAUGAAGGUGGCACUCGGGUUAACAAAUCUUGUUGUGUGUAUGACUGUAAGCCGCACGCCUUUCGGACACAUCGAUUCGCGCAAAGGUCGUCGCCAAGCUUAGAAUCGUUAAUCCUCAACUUCAAUCAGAAAGUAGAUAAUGUCUGGAAAUGAUCACGACACAUCAAUGAUAUAUUUUUUAUUACUUGUCGAUUCGCGUUAACGAAUUACGUUUAUCACAUUGGUUACGCCCUUUUAUAUGGCUAACAGUCAUCUACCGCCCUCACAACAUUUAGGCCGAUAUAAAGCUGAGUCUAAUGAAGGCAACUUCAUAAUGUCAUGAACUCAUGAAUCGAGAAUACAGUUAUCCGGCCGCUUCAUGUCUGCCUACACUUAAUCAAUGUUACAGGUAAUCUAAUGUAAUGAAUAUCUAUUAUUUAAACUAUAUAACUAUUUUUAUAAUUUCAAACAAUUGGAAUCUCAUGUAUUGUGUUGUCCUUUUUUAUGUGCAAAUGUCCAUUUGUGUUAUUCGUUAUAUUUGUAUAGUCCGAUUCUCACGCUACAUGAAGCAGCUAGUAUCACAAAUUAUGUAAUCCAACUCAUCACAAAUAGUAUCCAUCACGGAACGUUGUUGGCGACGAAGUCUCACCCUGCGUGUACUUAUUAAUUACAAGUUUAGUUUAGUACAAAGAUUGUCUCUCUUUAAUUUAGGCACUCUCUAUUGUAUUAUACCUAUUACAUUAUUUUGUAAUGCAUAGGAAUAGGCACUGAAUUUUUAAUGCAAUUGUACUAAGAACAUGUGAGCGAGUAUGAAAGGCGACGGUUUUAAAAGGUAGUGAGGAUACAAGGAUACAACAAAUCUCUGUGAUUAAUUUGUUUAGAAAAAUAUAAUAUUAUUUUGAAUUUUCAAUGCAUAAGCUUAGUUUAGUAGUAAUGUAAGAUUGUUCGUCGGGAAAAGAUCCGACAGCGCAUUAAUGUAAUCCGUGCGACGUGUCCACCACUCGGUGCACGGCCGGCCAGCUGUCGUCCAUCAACACCGAGCACGGCUUAUCGCUUCGGCAACAGGCGCGGUCCAGGUGGCGAUGGCGACAGCGCGGCGCGGGCACUGGCGACGCACUCGCGUUGGCCUACGUGUGUACAAACGGUAGGUACUGACGUCGUGCGUAAGGUAUAUGCCAUAAUGGUCUCGUCGCAUCAUGGGAAUCUAUUUGGAAAAGCGGUAAUAAAAGUACAAAUCAUCUUGCUCACGUAGCAAAGUAAAUGUUGUAAAUUUUCAAGUGGGAAAUUAAGAAAUAUCGAUUUACUGUAAUCGGUAUAACACCUUAUACUCAUUUUUAUUACACCUUAGAUUAUUGUAUUUUUAGAAUUGAAUAUGAUAUGAAUAAUAUUUAAUACAAAAUGGUUAAAUUAAUGCUUGUAAUUUGAUUAUCACAACUCUGGGCUUUUAAAGCUUAUAAAGCCUCCUUUCCAAGCCUAAUCUAGUAACUAGUAUGUAUAAUUAUUAAGAAAUUAAGUUUUAAAAUUUUGACCCACUGUCACUAAAACUAUUACAAUUUGAUAUAUUUCAGCAAAAAACAUUUUGCUAGUCACACUACCCAUAACAUGUAUCAGUACUUUAUAACAUUAUCUGAUAGUACAAAUAUCUAAUUUAUAGAAAAUGAUAAAAAUUAUAUAUAAUUUUAUGCCAUGUACGCUUAUUUUAAACUAAUUAUUAUGUAAAUAGAGGAAUUUGUAAUCA